UCACAUCUGAGAGAUCUGCAAUAUCAUGCAUUCUAUGACAUUUUGCUUUCGCAUCGCGCCAUCUUUGCUAAAAACUUGAUUUCAGAUACUCCUGCAGAGCUAUAGUCUUGUCCACUCACUUCGAUCACAAGUGCACAUCGAACCCUUAUAGACGUGAAGUCUUUUUUGCCACACUGUCUACAAUUUAGCUUGUUACUAGAAUCCUGGUCUCCUGUGUCAAUUUUGAUUCCCAUCGCUUGUCCGGAGCUCAAGCAUCCUCCUGCUUUCACUUUGCACAAUCUCCCUCAGUUCGUGUUGAUUGCUCAUGAUCCGCGUAUCGGCAGAUCUCAGAGUGAUAUUUGUGUCGCUUCCAGUGCACAGUGCAAGAAGUUUCAUGCCCAGCACGGGCAUGCACACGAUUUGUGACACUGCGACGGGAAUUUCAGUUUUAUUCUAGCAAGCCGGUCUUGCGGAUCGAGGAGAGAGACUCUUUUAGGCCUGGCUACAUUGCGCUCGCGCAUGCCAAGCAGCAAACGUUUCUUCCUCUGUGAGAGUGGAGUAGAGAAUGGAAAUUGCAGGUGCGUCCGUCUGUCGCGGUGCUGAGCUUGCGACCCGGGGAAUGGACUCCGCAGAUGUGGAACCGGAGCUUCCCUCCGCUGUCCAGGACCUUAUCCGGUGUCUGGAAGGCAAAGCCGAUCCUUCAAUGCAACUUCGCAAUUUACACCGGGCAGAAUUUCAGGAUUUCUUUCCCAAAACUCUUCGGGAGCUCACAGAGUGGCGAAGACGAGUGCGCAAGCGAGUGCUGGAGGCAAUCCGCAGCUGCAAAACCUUCAAAUAUAUUGACAUGAAAGAUAUUUUUCGCGGAGACAUAUCGAGGUUGGAAGCUGAAGAGUGGGUGUUCAUUUUGGAAGGUUUUAGGAGUAGCACCGCUCUACGAGUGAUAAGAGUUGAAGGAUUGACAUGGACCUCAAUUGCGGAAGUGGAGGGCUUUUGUUUACAGGUGGGGAAAAUUCUGAAAACCUCUAGCGUAACACAUUUGACAGUAGGCAGUUGCAGAUUGAGUGCCACAUGUUUCAGGAAUCUCGCUACAGGACUCCAUGGAAAUUCCCCAUCUAUGCUUAAGUCUAUAGAACUACAUAAUGCAUGGGAGGACUCGAGUGCGUUGGAGCAUGUGGCUGACAUAAUCAAGAAUGCUACUCGAUUAGAAACUUUGGAAAUAGGGGGCUCGGCGGACCGCAUGUACGACAUGGAUGGGGAGGCCGCUAGAAUCCUGUCGCAGGCUUUAAUCCUGAGUCUGUCUUUGAAAACAUUGGUUCUAAAAGAGGCGAAGGGCGUGUUGUCGGCGUUAUUGCUGAAGGCAUUGUCUGGAGAUGAUGUCAAUCGAUCUAUUGAAUGUCUUCAUCUAAUUUCAGUGUCUGGACUCGGAGACUGUCUACGAGAACUUCUGAGUUCCAACCCAUUCUUGAAGGAUGUGACGUUGACCAACAUCGACAUGGGUUCCGAGAAAUGGCGUCAACUGGGCGAAGCCAUACGCGAAAAUGCUACAGCCAGAAGCAUUUGCGUAACCCAUCGCAGAGAUGAUUUGAAAGCAGCAGAAGAGCUUGCGUGUGCCGCUAGCCCCAAGGACACCACAAGCUCCGUUGGCAAGGACCCCACAGUGGAGCUGACAAUCACAUUUACCGAUUACCAGGCAUUGAUGUCAGCACUCAACUUUGUGGAUAGGGUAUUGCGCGGAGAUAUCAAAUCUCUAAAAUCUUUGAUUCUAGUUUUAAAAAUAGAAGCUGGUUCCUGCCCUUCAGGCAGCGACGAACAUAGUAAGAAUGGAGGCGUCACCAUGGAGGGGAAAACUGAGACUUCGGUCCUGGAGAGCCUGAAAUUAUUCGCUCAAAGCAAAGAUAUUUUCAAGGCAGUAUGGAAGGACUUGCUCCCGGGCUUGCAAGGGAACACAAGUCUCACUCGCUUGGAUUUGUCUAACUCCGAACUCGACGAUGAGGCGUUCAGGGACCUGAUGAGGCUGCUACAAGGGAACUCGGCUCUCCAGGAAAUCAUCGUCUCAGGAACUUCAUGGGCAAGUGACGGAAAGGCGUUGCAGAUUCACCGGGCCCUACAGAACAAGAACGAGAAGAACAAGGAGCGGGCCGUCUACAUGUCAGUAUUUGGAGAAGCCAACUUAAAAUUUGGAGAUGCAAAAGCCGGUCGACUCUUCUUAUGCGGCUCUCCUAGAGCAGGCAAGACUCAAUUGCGUAAAACUGUGAUGAGGAUAAAUCAAGGAAAAAGUUGUCUAGGCAAAAGCUGUCUAUGCAGUGAAUGUGACGAAUUGUCGAGUACGAAGGGCAUUGAAGUGGAGGUAGUGCAAAAUGAUGACAAAAUGCAAAUAUCAGUUUGGGAUCUUGGAGGAGAACGUAUUUUUCGUACCCUUCAAACCUUGCUCUUUCCUCAAACCAACUAUUUUUGUGCUUUUGUUUUUGUGUAUAGCCCUUUCUGUGAGGAUAUCUGUGAAGGUGAGGAUUCACCUUCAAACAAAGAUUACUCAGUUCGUUUCAAAACUGAGUUGAAGGAGUGGUUGAUUUUCAUCACAUCUAACGCUAGGGUCUCAGGUGAUCUUCCUCAAGUUUUUAUUGUGAUAUCUCAUAAAAAUAAAUCAACAGACAAUUCUUUGAGUUGGACUGUGUUUCAACCCAUAGUGGAAGAACUCACAAAAACAUUUGCAAAUUUUGUGUAUCUCCACCCUAUUGGGAAGGAUUUUCAUGUGGAUACUCGGGAGAACAAGCAAGUUCACUCUCUCUACAUUAACAUUUGUCAAAAAUUUGACAAUUUGUUGACAAGAAAAUUCCUACAGGUUCCCGAAUUAUGUUCUCAACUCAACUCUCUAUUGGUUACAUACACCAAGAAGAACAAAAGUUUUCCUUUGUGGCCAACCAAAAAGUUUUAUGAUUUCUGUGUUCCCAUCUUGGUAAAAUUCUAUCCAUUAUCUUCUGCUCAUUCUUAUGAUUAUUCAAGGAUGAUGAAACCUAUCAUAUCCUAUUUGAAUGAAGUUGGAACCAUCAUAUACAUACCGAACCUUGAUUACAUCAUUGUAGAUCCCAACUGGCUCACUAAUACUUUCUUGGGUGAGCUGAUAGAUCUAGGUCAACACUUUCAAACUCAAGAGUCUAAGUCAAGCAAGGACGGAUUUGUGAGCGAGAAGUUCUUUGCUGUACUGAUAGAGAAGUUUCUGGGAAAGCUAUCACGCUAUCAUGUGGACAGAUGGGUGCUUGAAAAAAUCCUUAUCAAUUUAGAUAUGUGUUUCAAGCUGGAAAAUACUUCUGAGUAUUUCAUUCCUUUUUUCAUUCCGGAGCAUGCAAGCAAGGAGAAACAUAAUGAUCUAGAAGGGGCGCAUGUGAUGAAGUGGGAAAAUAGGAGUGAGAUUUCACAGUUCGUUGGCAUUCGGAUUCAAUGCCAAGAUUGGACAACAAUGUCACUGACUGCUGCUUUUUUUCCACGCUUCCAGAUGUUCAUGAGACGCAAGUUGAUAUCUGAGAUGGCUGUUUCCGAGGAGAAUGUUAUCUGCUCUCGACAUUAUCUGCUACUUUUCCUUGAUGGGCAUCAGAUAUAUAUCGAGCACGUUCAGAGUGAAAAGUCCUCCAAAUACGUAGAUGUUCUGAUGUCCAGUCAGAAGUCCAGGGAGGAGGCUAUUACAUAUGUGAGGAAGCAUAUCGUCCAGGAGUUGAUAUCAUUUUGCGCAUCACCGCAAGGCUGUCCCGGGGUGGCGUUAGUGCUCGGUGUUAUCCAAACAUUUUGCGUGAAGAAGCUGAUUCGGAUUCAUCUCAGAGGAACCAUUCUGAUCGAGAAGCUGAAAUUGGACUUCAAAAAUAGCAUCAAUGACAAACUUGAGAAAAUGCCGUUGGAAAGGUCUCACUUGAUGGAGAAUGAAAAGUUGUUCCACUAUGAGCAGUCUUGGCCCUCGAUUGAUAAGCACAUAGGGGAAAGUCUCGAACGAGCAAGGGAUUUGUUGUCGGAGAGCGAUGUGAAAGCGAUCGUGAAUGAAAUUCAACAAGAACGGGACAACCGUUUGCUUACACUUGAUGUGUGAGUCCGUGACUAGCUUUCACUUCGUCAAAGAUCAAGAAAGUUUGAUGAUAAGCUUGGAUCUAGAGAAUACCUCAUGGAUUCAAAAAACUAUUAAAAUCUCGUACGAAGUCAUGUGUUAUGCUGUGAAGGCUGGACUGAAUAAGAUCCUCAAUUUGGGCCAAGCGAAUCUGGAUUGGGAAGAUUUAAAAUCUGAUAUUGUUCAACUAGACGGUAUUGAUGAUGAUGAUCAUAGGGCAUUUCUAAAAGUUGGAAAAGCAAGGAGCUGCAGAAAGCAUGGUUGAGGAUUCAGUAAAAUCUUGCGCGUUAGCUUCAAAAUCUCUAUUCCGAAAUCUUCAAGUUGUAUCAGGUGAAAUACGUGAGUUUAGAAAAAGGUGGGCAUGCACGGGUGUGAAAAAAAUGCAGGAGUAAAGGCAUUCGUUGUGGAAUUUUGACAUGUUAGGAAUUUGAAGAGGUGAGAAUGCCAUUAUGCAAUUGACAAGCAUAUGUUUAAACCCUCAUGUAAUAUACAACUCUGAAAAUUCUUCCUUGCAGUUUUCACAAGAAGAAGUCUUUGAC